AUGGCAAGUGGAGAAACAUAUUGGUGUUACACAUGUAGACAACCAAUCCAGGUUGUAGAAAGGGAUGCUAUUUGCCCUUAUUGUAAUCAAGGCUUGUUGCAACAAUCUAAUGAGCUACUAAGUGCCACAGAAUCAAGAAAUGCGCCUAGAGAUGUUGUUGGUAACUUUAUAAGUCGCCUACAGAGGGGAAUAUAUUUAGAUUUUGGUCAUGGUUGUACUCUCUUUGUUCGACUACCAAGGCAUCUUUGUACUUCAACUUCUAAUGCUACCUCAAUGAGUGACCUCAUUGAACAACACAACAGAAAUAGAGUGUCACAAUCAUGCAUUGAUGCAAUACCAAUUAUUAAGAUCACACAAUCUGAUUCACAAUGUCCAAUUUGCUUGGAAGAAUUUGAAGUGGGUCAUGAGGCCAAAAAAAUGCCAUGUGACCACAUU